AUGGACACGCUGCUUCGCGACCCCAAAAAGCCGCUCGAGGACUACGAAAUGGCGCUCACAAAGGAGGGCGACGUGAAGUUCGCCUGGCGGACCAACCGUCAGGAAGUGGCAGACUUCGCACGCGACAAGAAGCGAUUUAUGAGUCAGUUCGAGCAUCUGAUGAACCACACGGAGGUCAAGCCUGGCGAGGAAGCGAAGCUGAAGAACACGGUGAUUACGUCGGAGGACAUGGCCGCUGCGCGCCGCGCGGUGGGGCAGCCGAGCGAUGUGAGCGACGAAGUGUUCGCGAAGCGCUACCUGGCAGGGUGGAAGGCGCGAGCGGGCGAUGCCGAGCUGGUGAGCAAUCUGCUGAGCGGCUACUCGGUGGAACACCCGGAGAAAAUGCUGCAGGACUUGGGGCUGGACUCGGAGGACGGCAUCGAGCGCUAUCUGAUGGGGACCUUCGAGGCGCACGAGGCCCCCGAGGACCAGCUGCUCCCCGAGGAGCUGCUGCAGGCCAGGGAGGCGCGACAGCGCGCGGAGAAAGUCAUCGAGCAGCUGCAGAAGCGCGCCGAGGAGGCCGAGAAGGCCAAGCAGGAUCAAACCGAGAAGGCGGAGGGUGAAACUGCCAAGAGUGAAGGUGAAACGCCCAAAACCGAAGGUGAAACGCCCAAGAGUGAGGGUGAAACUGCCAAGGCGGAGGGUGAAACUGCCAAAACCGAAGGUGAAACUGCCAAAACCGAAGGUGAAACUGCCAAAACCGAGGGCGAAACGCCCAAGGAUGAAUCCGGGGAAUCGGAGUCGAGUCCGUUCAAAACCACGUUCACCACGAUGGAUGAAACGCCUGUGUCUUCGGCUCCGGCGGAUCUGAGCGACGCGUUCAGCCGUUUAAUGGAGCGUUUCGAUCAAGACGGCGAAGAGGCGGCGUCGGUUUUGCCGGAGGAGGAAUCGGAAGUGAUCGGAGAAGGACACAUCGUGGACGCGUUGGAGUAUUCCGACCAGGUCUACGUGCACGAAAAGGACCGGCAGAUGAUGUACGCGAUGUAUCAGCGCGGAGUGUCCCCGCGGGAGAUCAGCCAGUCGUUCGGGUUCGACGAGCGGCGCGUGUACGCGAUUCUGCGGUUGAUGCAGGACCGUCCGCGGCAUCAGAAGGAGGGAACGUUCGCGGCGGAGGGCGUGGAUGCGAUGGAGGAGAAGGAGUCGCCGUGGAACUACGACUAUCGCGACUUCCCGCCGCAGAGCUAUCGCUAUGAGGAUCGUCGGAAGGCGGGGAAAGUGCCGGCGCAUCUGCCGAAAUUCGUGUUUUUGAAGGAAGGAGAGGACGAGCGGAAGGUGAUGAAGGAAGUGGAGGCGAUCGUGAAUCGGCAGAAACGAGAGAAGGAGCCGCGGAUUCAGCGGAAGGGCAUUCCGGUGGGAGAGAGUAGGGAGAGAAGAGAGAGAAGGGAUGAUGCGUAG